GUUCACAUUAUUGUGGUGGGGAGCUGAUAUAUUCGGUAGUGGGGGUAUUAAAACUUAAAAAAAGCAAGCAAAGAGCAAAACAACAGAAUUUUAAAGGGGUUUGUUGAAGCUGGUUCGGAACCCUCAUCACUGACCUCGACAACCCGGACCUACAGUUUGAACUGAACUUUUGGAUCAAAAUUUCUUGAGAAACAGACGACAAAGAAGACCACACAUGACUGCUUUACAAAGAGUUCAACAAUGGGCAUCUUUUGCCCGAGUUUGGCAUCUCUUUGACGCCAGGUGGCAAAACCCUUUCGACUCAGGGGUACUCAUUGCCAAGCACUUGAAGGGCCUCCAAAAACCUUUGUAUAGCGAACAGAGUCUUUGUGGUGAUCACGUGGUUGUGAUAAAUUGCCGUCACAUUGCCUUACCCGGCAAUGAGUGGAGGAAAAGGGUAUUUUUUCAUCACCAAACUUACCCCGGUACUGCAACAUGGACACCAGCAUGGGAAAUGCACACCAGAGACCCGACCAUGGUCAUGAAAAAAGCAGUCUACACAAGCAUGCACGGCAACUUGCUCAGAAGACACAACAUGAUGCGACUUCACUUGUAUGCAGAUGAAGAAGUCGACCCGGAAGUGGCAGCCAGAGUCACCAAUGUCAUCAGACAGUUGCGGCCCAUACCCGAGAGGCUGGAUUUGAUGGAGAAGGAAAAGGUCGACAGCUUCCCCCAAAUUGCUGACCUCAACAAAGACUAUGUGAUCCCUGAACUGAAGGAAUAUCCUAAUUGGGAAAGCCAGCAUCAGAAAAUGAAGAGGCAAGGAAAGAAAAGUAAAUCAUCUGCUAAGUAAUGUUAGAAUAUUUUAAUAAAGACAACUUAAAAUAUUUGUUGAUAGCUAAAAAUUGCAAUAAUUUAUUGUAAAAAUUUAAAUUUUCUCACUUUGUCCGUAUACAUCCGUAUUAGUUUCUUAAAAACUUUAUAAAUCCAAAUAAAAUCACAUCAAAAACACAUUAAAAAUGAAGCUAGACAUCUAUCACACUAAUAUCCAUUUUGCAGAAAAUAAAAAAUAAUUUUGAAAAAAAAAUUACCGACUAUCCAAAGAAAUUU